AUGACUCUCACCCUUACAGAAGAAUAUCAUAACACGGCCGUGGUGCUGUCUGCUAUAGACGAUCUCUCCAUCAAGCUAUGGCCGUUGAAUGUUCCAACUUCUCAAGGUCAGCCUUUGCUUCCUGAUGGUCACGUCUUGGUCAGAGUCAAGGCUACAGGAAUCUGUGGUUCUGAUAUUCACUAUUGGAAACACGGUCAAGGGGGCGGGCCACACAAAGUCACGAAGCCCUUUGUAGUCGGUCAUGAAUGUGCUGGAGAAAUUGCGCUGGUCGCUUCCGACGUCUUGGACUGGAAGAAGGGUGAUAGGGUGGCGAUCAAACCGGCCGCCCCCUGUCUACAAUGCUCCGACUGUACGAGGGGCAAUUCCAACCUGUGUCCCAAGAUGAUACAUUUCGGUUCUCCCCCCUUCGACGGCUCGGCAAUGAAAUUCAAAGUGGUGCCUCGUAUACAGCUGGCGAGACUCGCCCCAGACGUGACUUGGGUGGAAGCCGGAGUCAUCCAACCGCUGGCCAUUGCGGUCCAGGCCACACGCCAAACUGGCAACUUUGCCCAAAAGGCAGUCAUCAUCUUUGGUGGUGGGUUCAUCGGGUCUCUGCUUGCUUUCAUCGCAAAGGCAUACGGCGCAAUAAAAGUUGUGAUUGUUGAGAAAGAGGAACACCGAGCACAAUUUCUCCGGGAUCAUGUCACGAAACAUGUGUUCGUUGACCCUCCACGGGAUCAGUCUGAGGAGGUCGAUGUCUAUGCUGAGCGUCUAGCGAGGCUGAUUCUGGAGAAACACCCCGACCUAGACAGAGGAUUCGAUAUUGUCAUUGAUGCAUCAGGCUCUGAAGAGUGCAUGAAUAUGGGUAUCCGGGUUGCCAGGCCUGGCGCUACCUAUGUCCAGCUGGGUAUACGUAGUGCCAGAGAUUCGCCCCGCAUACCAAUGAUGAUCGUACUAUCGAGACAACUGACUCUUCGAGGUGUGUAUUACCACUCUUUCCCUUACCCUUCCUUUUCCUAUCCAGAGGCGCUUUUGAGAGAAACAUCUCACCAAUUUCAAUGGCCAGGGAGCUCGCGAUACACUGCCGGUUGUUUCGAAGAUGCGGUGAGCCUGAUAGCACGGGGUCUGAUCCCUCUAAAGGAUCUGAUUACCCAUGUCUAUCACAUCGAAGAUAGCGUCGAAGCAUUUGAAACAGUACACCAGCUCCAGGACAAACAGGGAAACAAAUGCCGGAAGGUUGUCAUUCUCCAUGACCUGAACCUGAGUCUCAUGGUAUUCGGCUGCGACAAUGGCCUCAGCGUGGGUACCCUCUGGAAAGAGAGGCUUGCAGCUCUUUGUGCAGUGUCGAAGACGGAGCCAUACUCCUAUUCCUACUACUGGGGCCAAGAUCUCGAUGGCGAGCCUGACACGCUAUGGGGUCUAGAGGGUUACUACCAUCCAAUCGGAUUCUUCUUGGGUCAUGUGUCUACCGACAUCUUCAAAGAGGAGAUGCGCAAAGUGGAUGACGACAAGCUCCUGCGUAACGUCCAGGGUCUAAACAGCCCUGAUUAUGAUCUACAUCACUAUGACUUCUUUUCCGGCUUUAUUAAGCGCGACGAUGACAAAGAUCGAGACGCCAUGGACAGCUUUGUUGUUGUCGUGCAUUUGUGGGCGGCUGAGGGCAAGCGCAAGCAACUGUUAGGCAUCCUCGCAGAUGUGGCCGAUCGAGUCAAGGCGUCAGAAAAGACAACAUCGAUAACCGUUCAAAGCUUCGGUGUUCUCAAGGAGGUAAACGACCUCCAUCUGGCGACUGCCUAUAUUAGGACUAGAACCGAGAGCGACUGGUUGGCGUUCCAAGCUUCGGAAAACUAUAGACGGUUGAUGGAAGAUGCUGGGUCCAUAACCGUGCGUCAAGAAGCCCAUAGAUCGAAGGCAUUUAUCGGCCAUAUUGGUCAGGAAGCGCCGGUGGGCGAUCCGUAA